AUGGGACGUCCACUUGGCACCCGUACCGGUCCCCCAGUCGUAAUAUACGUGGGUGCCUUUGCACGUUUGCGAGACAAGCUUGCAUCACUCGACGACCGCAAAGCAAUGCAAGAUGCAAGACAUCUCUUCAUCGAGUCAUGCAAGCUGUAUCCUACAGAGGCGGACCGCAAGAAUGCUGUUCCUCCCCUCCUCGAAAAGCUGCUAGACGUCAACUCCUCGCGUCGCCACCCCAUAUCUCCUGGCGAGAAGCUGGCUGAGUUUGACGCUGUUAACACCAUUGAUGUAGAUGGUGCAGUUCAGGCGUAUACACUUAUCGUCGAGGUGAAGAACGAGCUAGGUAUAUCUGGCGCCAGUGGCGUCCAGUGUGCUUUUAUCUACGAACAGGCUGUCUCCCUUCCUAGAUAUCAACUAAUCUGCAACCCUCCGUGCUGCCCCAGCAUCCUCCUUGCAGUGGCUGGCCCCUACCUUUGCUUCUAUGGCGCUAUUCUCGCAGACACCUUCGUCGUCCAGCCUUUCACGGACUACAUCUACCUUGGUGGGGACCCUAACCCGGACGCACGUAUCGUCCAUACGGCCAGGCGCUUCUUAGCAUUCAGAGAGGCCAUUCGCGAAGCGAGAUCAUAUUUCAGGGGCCUACAUCAGGACAUUCCUGGGCCCCCGCGAGCCGCACGUCUUCCCUGUCCGACGUAUACCACCAGCUCUGACGCCAUCCGAAACUUGCACCACGUCGACCGUUCGCUCUUCUCCGCGGAGCUCAACGACGAAGCUGUCCUCGUCAAGUUCUGCACGCGGUACGGUGCGGACGCCCAUCGCUAUCUCGCGGGCAGAAAUCUCGCUCCUGUACUGCGUCACUGCAUCAAGCUUGUAGGACAGGUGACCAUGGUGGUCAUGGACGUCGUAGAGGAUGCAGCGAGUGCGUACUACAAGUACAUCAAUCGCGACUUGCCGAAAAGUCUGGUGGAUAAGGUCGAGGAGGUGGUGAAGGCUCUCCACGACGAGGGAUAUGUUCACGGGGACAUACACCGACCAAAUAUCAUGGUGCGGGAAGGCGAUACGCUGAGCGUAAUGCUUAUGGACUUCGAUUGGGCCGGAAAAGCUGGAAAGACGCACUAUCCGGUUAGUCUCAAUCUCUCCGGCAACAUUGCUUGGGCGACAGGUACAGAAGCGGGGGGUCUCAUUGUUAUGGGCCAUGACGACCACAUGGUUGAGAUGCUCCGCAAAGGUGGCAAAUGA